AUGAAAGGUCUGAAAGGCAAAUUCAACAAAAAGCAACUUUUUAAGCGUUCAGGCUCAGACAAAUAUGCUGAGACCAGCACUUUCCAGUUCAGCAGAGGGUCCUGCCAUACUUUUAAAGUGUACGGACCUGAAAUCGGGGACAUCAAGAACAUCAUUCUAGAGCAUGACGGCCUCGAGAAACAGCAGGCAUGGUAUGUAGAAGAGGUGUCUGUCAUCAACACAGUCAGAGAUAAGAGCUGGUGCUUCCCAUGCCAAAGCUGGUUGUCUCUGUUCCACACUGACUGCCAGCUGAGUCGCACAUUCACCCCAGCAGGAAAGACUGACCUUGCUCUGGCAGGCAAAACCCAUCCUAAAAGCACAGAGGAUCGAGAGAGCGAGAGGAAAGCCAAGCUAUCCCAAGCUGCCCUGUUAUGUCAGGGUGAGAAGUCAGGCCCAUGCGUCCUAGCUUGUCCCUUCCUGAAAAAAAACAAACAUGAUGAGGAGAUUGAAGAAGACGACGUAGAGGAAAGGCAGUCAAAGCCGAAAAGUAAGAGCAAAGCCGUUGCCAACGGAGGCACUCGCGAGGGCAAAAAGUCCAGAAACACAGAGGAAUCCGAGAUCCCGGAAAACGUCAAACCAAAGACAAAAAAAAAGGGUGAGGCCAACGGAAAAUUAAAACAAAAGAAGAAAUCAGAAGAAGAUCAUGAGGAAGAUGAUGAAGUGAUAGGCAAUGAUGUCAAGAGCCGAAAGGAGAAGAAUAAUAAUGACAUAAAGACAAAGGACAAGAAGAAGAAAGCAAAAGAACUGUCUGAAGACGAAAGUGUGAAGGAAGAAGUCAGCGAAAAAAAGAAAAAGAAAUCAACCUCGACUGAGAAGGAAGACAUGGGUUCGAAAGACAAGAGGUUGAAGGAAGGCAGAAAGAAGCACAAGAAGAAGCCUUCUGAAGAGGAAGAGGAGAUACCGGAGGCAGAGGAGGAUCCCAAAAAGAAGAAAAAGGGUAAAAAAUCCAAGAAAGGUUCAGCAGGGAGUGACGAGGAAAAGACAGACAAAAAGAAAGGGAAAGGCAAGAAAUCCAAGAAGCAAGUUGACUACAGUGAGAUUUAUGAGCAGGAGCUGAAGAACUACAACACAGACUCCUCUGAUGGGUGUGAGGAUGAGUAUCACAAGAGAAAAGUUUACGAGGUGGUCACAAUCACAGGAGAUGUCCGAGGAGCAGGAACCGAUGCCAACAUUUUUGUCACUCUCUUUGGAGAAUAUGGGAUCACGCCCAAAGUGCACCUUGCCAGCAAGAGCAGAACAGCUUUUGAAAAGAACAAAACAGAUGUGUUCAGGAUCAAAACAAACAAUGUUGGGCAAAUAACAAAAAUAAGGAUCGAGCAUGAUAACACUGGGAUGAAUGCGAGCUGGUUCCUUGACAGGGUGGUGGUCACGGACAUGAAUAGACCCCACCUCCGUUAUUAUUUCCCUUGUAACAACUGGCUCAGCAGAGAGGAGGGGGAUGGACUCUACGUGAGAGACCUGUUGGGCAGCCUCAACCCUAUGGAUGUACCAAAACUCAACAAGUAUAUUGUUAGUGUAUUCACUGCAGACAUUAAGGGCAGUGGUACAGAUGCAGAUGUUUUCCUAAAUAUAUUUGGCGAAAAUGGAGAUACGGGUGAAAGAAGGCUCGACAAUGACAAAAACAACUUUGAACGGGGGUCUGAGGACAAGUUUACUAUUGAGGCUCCCAAUUUGGGACGGUUGAGGAAGAUCACCAUUGGCCACAACAACAAGGGCUCCUCCGCUGGCUGGUUUCUCGACAAGGUGAUAGUUGAUGAUAUGGGCAAUAAAGCUGUGUAUGAGUUCCCUGUGAACCGUUGGUUUGCAAUGGAUGAAGAUGAUGGCAAAAUCCAACGGGACAUCCUGGUGGGAGGCAGCCAGGCCACAGGUAUUGUUUACAACGUCUCUGUGGUGACUGGCAAAGUCAGAGGUGCUGGCACCAACUCCAAGGUUCAUAUUAUCAUGCACGGCUCCAAGGGCAUCAAGAACAGUGGGAAGAUCUUCCUGGAGGGGGGACAGUUUGAGCGGGGGCUGACAGACAUCUUCAAUGUGGAGAUUGCUGCUCUGCUCAGCCCCCUUAGCAGAGUCACCAUCGGGCAUGACAACAACGGGGUCAGCUCGGGAUGGUUCUGUGAAAAGGUGAUAGUGUACUGUCCAUUCACUGGCAUUGAACAGACUUUCCCAUGUGAUAAAUGGCUGGAUGAAGACGAGGGAGAUGGGCUGAUUGAAAGGGAGCUCUAUGAAAUGGUGUCCCUCCGGCAGAAGAAACAGAAAAAACAACCAUGGUCACUGUGGAUCUGGACCAGUGACAUCAAGAAUGCGGGGAGCGAUGCCAAUGUCUUCCUUCAGAUUUAUGGGGAGAGGGGGAAAUCGGAUGAAAUGAGACUAGACAACAACUCAGAUAACUUUGAAACUGGUCAAACAGACAAGUUCAUGAUUGAACUUCCUGAUUUGGGAGCUCUUUUCAAACUUAGAAUUUGGCAUGAAAAAAGAAACCCGUUUGCAGGCUGGCAUUUAAAUAAGGUCACCUUGUUGAAGACACUGUCAAAGGAGAAGUACACAUUUAACUGUGGCCGAUGGCUGGAUAUGAAUGAAGAUGACAAUGAGAUUAUCAGGGAGCUGCCAGCAGAAGGAGUACUAGUUAAAAAACCUCUGCCAAUUGUGAAGUACAGAAUCACCAUCUACACAGGAACCAAGAGCGGGAGCGGCACAGACGCCUCUGUCUUUAUUUGUCUCAUUGGUGACAUGGGAGACACAGGAGAGCGGGUCUUGUACGCCAGCAAGAAUAAUGUCAAUAAAUUUGAAAGCGGAAAUGCAGAUGAGUUCCUUAUCGAGGCGGUGUCUUUGAAGCAGGUGAGGCGAGUGAGGAUCGGGCACAACGGCAGAGGUGGUGGCUGUGGCUGGUUCCUGGAUAAAGUGGUAGUAAGGGAGGAAGGACAGCCAGAAACACAGGCCGUCGAAUUCCCUUGCAACAGGUGGCUUGACAGGAAUGAAGAUGAUGGUCAGAUCGUUCGAGAGCUAGUGCCAGCUGGAGAAGCACCAAUGCUUAGAAACAUCAGUUACCACAUUGCGGUGAAGACAGGCAAUAUUCCAGGUGCCAGCUCAGACUCCAAGGUGUUUGUCAAGCUCUACGGAGAGAAGGGGGACACUAACAAACAGCUCCUGGUGGUCUCUGACAAUGACCUGCACAAUUACUUUGAAACAGGACAUACUGAUAUUUUCACAAUUGACACUGUGGAUAUUGGAAAGAUCAACCGGCUCCUGAUUGGACACAACAACGAAGGCUUGCGUGCUGGUUGGUUCCUUGACAGUGUUCAAAUUAAGGUGCCUCUCCACGGGAAGCAGUACAUGUUCCCCUGUCAUCGCUGGCUCUGCAAAGACGAGGCUGAUGGGAAGGUGGAGGUGGAGAUCUACCCCAGCGAAAUACUGGACAUUGAAAAAUUGGAUAACUAUGAAAUUACAGUGCACACUGGCAACGUUCGGGCUGCCGGCACUAACGCCAGUGUCUUCAUCCAGAUUUAUGGGGAGAAAGGAAAAACAGAGUUAAUCAGCCUUCAGAACAGAUCGAACAACUUUGAACGAGGAUCAACAGAAGUGUUUAAGGUGGAAGCCGCAGGCGUUGGCAAGCUCUUUAAGAUUCGGAUCGGCCACAAUGGGAAGGGUGCUAUGGACGGCUGGUACCUGGAGUCAGUCAUCAUCAAGCACCUCACCACCUCGAUAAUGGAUGAGGGUGAUGGGGAGCUGGUGGUGGAGCUGCUGCCAGAGGACAGUGAAGACCUGGAAGAGAACACCUACGAGGUCCAUGUGUUCACAGGGAGUGUGUUGGGUGCUGGAACAGAUGCCAAUGUGUAUAUUAAUGUGUAUGGAGAAAUGGGAGACACAGGAGAGCGGCACCUGAAGAAGUCGAAUAACCUCAAUAAGUUUGAGAAAGGACAGGAAGAUAUAUUUAUAAUCCCAGCUACUGAUCUGGGGCUGUUGAAGAAGCUGCGAAUUCGCCAUGACAACUCUCAUGCACAAGCUGCCUGGUUCCUAGACAGAGUGGAAAUUAUAGAUGGCAAGGAUGACACUACGUACUAUUUCCCAUGUGAGCGGUGGUUAGCUACUGAUGAAGAUGAUGGGCAGAUAGCCCGAGAGCUGGUUCCUGUAGAUGAGGCAUUUAUGAAAAAGAACUCAGACAGCGACAAGCAGUCUCAGGCUACUCUCGGACUGGAGCAGAAAGCUCAAUCUACAACCUACACUGUGACAGUCAAAACUGGAGACAAAAAGUAUGCUGGAACAGAUGCUAAUGUGUUCAUUACCCUGUAUGGCGAUAAGGAUGACACAGGAAUUGUUAACCUCAAAGCUUCUAAGACUUACAAGAACAAGUUUGAGCGAGGGCAGAUUGAUGAGUUCACUGUGGAGGCUGUGGAUAUUGGGAUGCUGAAAAAGAUACGAAUCGGGCAUGACUGUCAGGGCAACUCGUCGGGCUGGUUUCUGGACUGGGUGGAGAUUGACGCUCCUUCACUGGGUCAAAAGCUGCGCUUCCCCUGCGGGCGCUGGCUGGACAAAGCAGAGGAUGAUGGAGCGACUGAGAGGGAUCUCUUUCCUGCAAACCUCCAGACUCAGGAGUACAUUCCAUUUGUGCCUUACGAGAUCACCACAUACACUAGUGAUAUAUAUGGUGCCGGGACAGAUGCUGAUGUUUUCAUUGCCCUCUAUGGGAGAGACAGCAUCUGCACUCAGCAGAAAUCACUGUGUGUCAACAAGAGAGAAAGGCGCAUGUACUUUGAGCGAGGCGCAGCUGAUAAGUUUAUUGUAGAGCUGGAGGAUGUUGGUGAUGUUAUUGAAAAGAUCAGAAUCGGACACGACGGGAAGGGAAUCAACUCUGGCUGGCACUUAGACAGAGUGGAAAUCAGGAGACUUCUGCCUAAGGGAAAAGGAUCAGAGACAGUAAUCUUCCCCUGUGAACGCUGGCUUGCUAAAUCCGAAGAUGAUGGGGAGAUUGUGCGGGAGUUAGUGCCAUCAGAAAUCAUCCAGGAGAAGCUGCUGAGGGAUGGGACGCUGAAGCGUACCGAAAGCAUUGUGGAGGAUGCCCUGGAGACCCACACGUACACAGUGUCUGUGUACACUGGGGAUGUGUACGGCGCUGGCACUGAUGCCAAUGUUUUCCUCACCAUCUAUGGAGAUCUGGGAGACACUGGAGAGAGGAAACUCAGCAAGUCUGAAACCAACUCCAACAAGUUCGAAAGAGGACAGGUUGAUAAGUUUACAAUUGAAGCAGUGGAUCUGGGGCAGAUUUACAAGUUAAAUAUCCGCCAUGACAACACCAUGAUGAAUGCCGACUGGUACUUGGAGCAGGUGGAGAUUAUGGAUAGGGACACAGAGGAGACGUACUUAUUCCAGUGUGAGCGCUGGCUCUCCAAGAACAAGGAAGACAAGAAGAUUGAGAGGAUUCUUUAUGUUAAGGGCUAUGAUGGAGAUCGGAGCAGCCUCAACAGCUCAAAAAAGAGUUUGAAAGACUCCUCUCUGAGCCUGAAGACUCUGGGCAGCAACAUGAACAAAAAGAACAAGAGGAAGAACAUCCUGGAUGAAAUCGUAGAGGAGGGGGCCACGAUUUCUUACCACAUUACUAUAUCGACUGGUUCAGAGCGGGAUUCUGGCACAACCAGUCGCGCAUACAUCAUCAUCAUGGGAUCCCACCAGGUUCAAACAGCCCGACUCUGGCUGGAUCUCCCGGAGGACAAAACGGGCUUUGCCCCAGGAUCCAUGGAGAAAUUCCAGGUGGAGGGAGCAGAUGUGGGAGAGAUCAAGAAAAUUGAGCUAGGUCAUGAUGGGGCCACUCCAGAGAGCUGCUGGCUAGUUGAAGAGCUAGCCGUUGCCGUGCCGACCAAAGGUGUCAUGUAUAUUUUCCAAUGCAAAUGCUGGCUUGCCAAAGACAGAGGGGAUGGUCUCACAGCUCGCAUUUUCAGUAUACUUGAUGCUGACAGCAUCAACAUUGGACAAAAGGUCCUUUAUAAGGUAACGGUUGUCACUGGAGACACUCAGAAUGCUGGGACUGAUGCCAACAUUUACUUGUUAGUAUUUGGAGCCAAUGGGACUACAGAGGAGAUCCUGCUCUGCAAAAAUGGAAACAGGUUUGAAAGAGGUCAAGAAGACACCUUUGCUAUGGAGAUUGAUGAUGUUGCUCCUCUAAGGAAGAUACGAAUACGCAUAGAUGGAAAAGGAAGCCGCCCUGACUGGUUCUUGAAUAAGAUCAUUAUGCAGAAUAUGAGCACCCAGGAGGUUUCUGUUUUCACCUACAAUGAGUGGCUCUCAAAGACACGAGGACCCAAGAGAACCACGGUGUGCGAGUUGGCAGCAGUGGUUGAUGAUGAGGAAAUGGUGGAGAAAACCACAUACACCAUCAUGGUGAAAACCAGCGACAUAUCAGGGGCUGGUACCGAUGCCAAUGUCUAUAUCAUUGUGUUUGGAGAAAACGGGGACACGGGCACAAUCCCACUGAAAGAAUGCAACAACACCAACAAGUUUGAGAGGAAACAAAUGGACGUCUUUAAGUUCCCAGAAAUGCUGAGUCUGGGAGAGCUCUCCAAGGUCAGAGUAUGGCAUGACAAUAAAGGUGCUUCAGCAGGCUGGCACUUGGAGUUCAUCGAAGUGAAGGAUGAAACGAUGGAUAAAACAUUCCGGUUCCACUGCGAUCGUUGGCUAGCGAAGAAUGAAGAUGAUGGGCAGAUCAUACGGGAACUGCCCUGUGCAAAUAACGAUGUUCUAGACUUCACAGAAAGAACAAAGUAUGACAUUCUUACAGUAACAAGUGACAUGGAUGAUGCAGACACAAAGGAAAAUGUUUGGAUUGUGUUGGAAGGGAAUAAGGGCAGAUCCAAAGAGUUCCUGCUGGAGAAUUCAACCAAGAAAAAGAGGUUCUUAAGGGGGGCUACUGACAAAUUUGAUUUUUCCUCGAAAAAUGUUGGUGAUAUUGCCAACAUCUGUCUUGGCCACUGUCCAAAAGAAGGAAAGAAAUUUACAUCGAGAAAUGAUGCUUACUGGCAUGUGGAAGAAAUCAUUGUCACAGAGCGGGAGCUUGGAAACAAAUACAUUUUCCGGUGUAAUGCAAAAAUACCAUUGUCGGCCAAGAGGGAUGACUUCUUGAGUUUUGAGUGUGCCAAGGCGGUGGAGAGCUUUGCCAGCAAGGCCCGGAGCCUGGUUCCCGUCAAGUACGAGAUCAUCGUCAUUACAGGAGGUGAAAAGGGGGCCGGAACUGACGCCAAUGUCUUCAUCACUAUUUACGGCUCCAAUGGCGACUCUGGCAAGCGGGCGCUGCAGCAGAAGUUCCGGAACCUCUUUGAACGCGGACGAACUGACCGUUUCAUAGUAGAGAUGCUGGACUUGGGGGAAAUCCACAAAGUCAAAGUUGAACAUGAUAACAGUAGCAUGAGUCCGGGAUGGUUAUUGGACAGGGUGGAGAUCACCAAUACUGCCACGGGCGUCACUACCCUUUUCCUUUGUGGCAAAUGGUUGGACAAGAAGAAAGGUGACGGACAGACUUGGAGAGUGCUGUACCCGAAAUAGUAAAGAAUUUAAUUUAGUUUUUUUUUUACAGUAGUUAAAGCCUCUCCAUAUAAUUUGGCAAAUUCCAUUUACUUACAAAUAUGUAUUUUUUUUUUACAUUUAGUUCAAAACAGGACCUCAUGAGAACAGAAAGACGCCGGGAAGGCUGAGCAUGUCACAUUAUAUAUUUUUAUCCCACUGCACUCUUUAAAAAUGUUAUGUAGUACAAAAAUGCCUGUAAGAUGUUUCUAAAAUGCAAAACACACUGAAAAAAAAGUAAUUGGAACAGAAGCUUUUGUGAUAAACUUACAUACAAAGAACAGCCUAAAUUGACAGCUAAAUCACAGUUCAAUAAACUAACAUUUUGAAAUAGCGACUUUUCCAGUAAGUCAAGUAAUGAAUCAACUUUUUUUCCCUUCAAAAUUCAUGGGGAAAACUGUGUUUAUAACAUGCUUUUAAUACAAACAAGAUGUAUGGUAAAAUGCACUUUUUUCUAACAAAAAAGUUUAUCUAGCAAUCUGUUUGGAUUAGUUUCUAUUUUUAUAAAGACAUUUUCACAUUUGGUUUCAUAUACCAGGUGCCUUAUUUUGAUUAAGCCCAGUUUUAUAUAUUAACAAUACAGUUGCAGGUGUGUUAUGCUCCAGUAAUGUCAAUGCAUUGAGCCAAUUAUUUUGAUAGAAUUUCAAGCAAAAACCAUUAGAAAAGUUUUGAAAAUAAAUUCCUAUACUUUAAAAUCAUGCAAACUAAUUUAAAUCCUGCCUUAAUAUAUCUUAAACAAUUUAUUACUUGGCAAUUUAUUUUUGUACUGAUUUCACCAGGGCUUUGAAUUGCUGCAGUGCAAUAGCACACUCUUCUACCUCAGAGAGCAUGCUUGGAAUUACAGCAAUUAGUUAUAGGACCUAAAACAUUAAGUCCCCAAGAAGCUUACCUUUUAUAUAUCAAGAAAGACAUUUUUUGUGUAUGUAUAUUUAAAGAACUCUAAAUUAUGUUGUAAUGUAAUUUAGGUUUUGUAAGUUUAAAAUGUAUUUUUUUAAAUGAUUGUUCCAGACUUGUUUGCUUGAGGCAGCUAUUCUGUUAGGAGAAAUUAGUCCAUGCACAGGCAUAUCUUUCAAAUAACAUGGAGCACAAAACAGCAAGGAUAAAGUAUGUUGCAUUGCUCUCCCCAGGAUUCUGCCAUAUAUACUUUUACAUGAACUGCUCCAGCUAUUGGACAAGUGUAUUUCCUUUGAUAUGUCUGUUGAUUUCUGUGUAACCAUAUUUUUCCUCACUCUUUACCACACACAUGGUGGCUUGGUCACAAUUUGCAUAGAGUAUCCUUUUAGAUAAUGACAUUACUGAUGCACCCCGUACCUUUACAGACAGUGCCACAGGAAUAUGGAUGCAAUCGGUUAAGCUGGUCUAGUCAACAAAAGUACUAUGCAAUGUAUGACCUUAUUGUUCAAUAA